AUGACUUAUGUAUCCCAAACAGCAGCAGGUGUCUGGAUCCCACCAGCUGGGAAGUGUGGGUCCCCUAAGGUGCAGGGCGGGGCGGCAGGGAAGCCGGAGCUCCUUCGGCACCGAGAGAUUCCCGGCAUGGAAAAGGGCGGCCCGAUCCCCGGCUCGGCGGGGGGCGGUGGGGGGCCCGGGGGGGCUCGGCGCGGGUGGGGGUGGGUGCGGCGCCACUUGCUGGUGUUGCUGACGGUGUCCGGGGUGCUGGCGGGCCUGGGGCUGGGCGCGGUGGCGCGGGGCCUGGCGCCGAGCGGCCCGCAGGCGACUUACCUGGCCUUCCCCGGGGAGCUGCUGGUCCGCAUGCUGCGCCUGGUCAUCCUGCCGCUGGUGCUGUGCAGCCUGCUGAGCGGCGCCGCCAGCCUGGAGCCCGGCGCCCUGGGCCGGCUGGGCGGGCUGGCCGCCGCCUACUUCCUGCUGACCACCCUGGCCGCUUCGGCGCUGGCCGUCGCCCUGGCGUUCCUCGUCCGGCCCGGGGCCGGGGCCGGGGCCGGGGCCCUGCCGGCCGGAGCGGCCCUGGCCCUGGCCCUGGACGGCGCCCACGGGGCCCCCGCCACCAAGGACACCGUGGACUCCUUCCUCGACCUGGUCAGGAACCUCUUUCCUUCUAACCUCGUGGUGGCGGCAUUCCGGACGUAUGCGACUGAAUAUAAGACAAUCAUCAAAAACACAACCUUUGGAAAUGUAACACUGGAAAAGAUCCCCAUUGGCACAGAGAUUGAGGGGAUGAACAUUCUGGGUCUGGUCCUGUUUGCCCUGGUCUUAGGAGUAGCCUUGAAGAAGCUGGGCCCCGAAGGAGAAGAACUGAUCCGUUUCUUCAAUGCCUUCAAUGAGGCAACAAUGGUGCUGGUGUCUUGGAUUAUGUGGUACGUGCCCAUUGGCAUCAUGUUCCUGGUUGGGAGCAAGAUUGUGGAAAUGAAAGACAUCGUCCUCCUGGUGACCAGCCUCGGGAAGUAUAUCUUUGCCUCAAUUCUGGGCCAUGUCAUUCAUGGAGGAAUCAUUCUGCCACUUAUUUAUUUUGCCUUUACGCGCAAAAACCCAUUUCGAUUCCUGCUCGGACUCGUCACCCCUUUAGCAACGGCCUUUGCGACUUGCUCCAGCUCUGCUACCCUGCCAUCAAUGAUCAAGUGCAUUGAGGAAAAGAACGGCGUGGACAAGAGGAUCAGCAGGUUCAUCCUCCCCAUAGGGGCCACCGUGAACAUGGAUGGAGCGGCCAUCUUCCAGUGUGUAGCAGCGGUGUUCAUUGCUCAGCUAAACAACGUGGACCUCAAUGCAGGGCAGAUCUUCACUAUUCUUGUGACUGCUACUGCGUCCAGCGUGGGGGCGGCCGGAGUGCCCGCUGGAGGGGUGCUGACCAUUGCCAUUAUCCUGGAGGCCAUCGGGUUGCCCACCCAAGAUCUCUCCCUGAUCCUCGCCGUGGACUGGAUUGUGGACCGCACCACCACCGUGGUGAAUGUGGAAGGGGAUGCCUUAGGAGCGGGCAUCCUCCACUAUCUGAACCAGAAGGAGACGAAGAAGGCAGAGCAGGAGCUCAGUGAGGUCAAAGUGGAAGCGAUCCCGAACUGCAAAUCAGAGGAGGAGACAUCGCCCCUGGUGACGCACAGGAACCUGGCCUCUGCCCCCUCCCUCGUGGCCGAAUCAGAGUCGAGAGAGUCAGUUCUGUGAUCACCGUUGAGGCUCUGGCACGGAGG